GGCGAUGGGAUCGCGGGCGUGGACGGGCUACCUGCUGCAGCCAUCCCUAUGAUUAGAAGAUCGGUGACAGGAGAAGCGCUCGCUCCGGCGUACUGGAACGGCACUCCGGCAUAUUUGGAUGCAAAGUCAGCCCGCAGACUGACAGCUCGGAGCUCGAAAUAUUUCGUCUGUUUGGUGGAGGGGAGGGAGAAGCCUGUUUGAAAACGAUGGACCUCCAGACAGCUGGCUGAACGCAGACUCCUGGGAGCGCUUUUUAAUCUCACGCCAAAAUUGGGUUGCGGACCUCGACGGGCCCCUUACUUGGAUGUAAACCGUACGCCCAUGCGACGAUGUCAGUGGAUGUUGCUGCCUUCAGUGUCCAGGUUAGGUUACAGUAAUUGUUUACGUAUUAAAAUAAAGCUGCUUGAGGCGAAACACGCGAGCAGCGCCUGGAUAGGCUGCACCAUUUUACGCACACUAUUUAUUAUUAUUGUUAUUAAUAAUAAUAAGAAUAUUAGUGGGAUGCGGCGUCAGUCUCUGGAUAAAGGAAACAUGGACACAGUGGAUCUUUUCAUCUCGUCCUCAGAUAGCCCGUAGAGCUGUAAUACUGCAGUGCCUCCAUGCAAACCUCCGCUGACAGCAUUUUCCACCUUAUGUGACGGUUUCCGUCUCCGCUGAAGAAGUGGUGGACAUUUGAAGCUCACACCUCCCUUACGCCACUAUUGAUUUUGUGAUCAUGCGCGCUCAGAGGGCAGCAGGAUAAUGAUAAACGCUGGCAUAUCUUUUCUGUCUCCAGUGAAGAAGAGUUUCUUGUCCAAACCACCCCUCGUCACCAUCACUAAUGUAGCCCAGCAGAGGCGACUGAACCAGGCCGCUGCACAGAGACGGAGGCGUGUUUGUUAUGCUCAGACUUGGCUGGAUGCUGAAUAUGGUGCCACUUUCUCAGCUCUGUAUUGAAUACCCGCCCCCCCGCCGUCGGCUCGUUUCACUAUUUCCUCAGCUGUCUUAAAAUGGACGAGGCUUUUUUAAUAAAAGCUAUUCAGGGACGCUGAACCAGCUCUUGAGUGGCCAUGCAUGUAGGAUUUAGCCUGGACCGGCUUGUCAGGAUGUAGGGCGAAUAUCCGCGGAUAUUCCCAAACACAGAAGAGAAAACAGCCUAUAUUCGUGGAGAUGGCAGGCGGGGGAGGUGCGUCUAUGCGGGGCUGGAUGAGAAAUAAUGAGGACCCCCUGCAGAGGAUUUCACUCAGCUUCUACACGGACAGCAGUUUGACUAACAGUCCAUACAAGAAACAUGUGUGGCAACCAUAAGAGCACAGCAGCAGCCGGUGACAGGAUUUAGGAUUUGGCACAGUUUCAACAGCGAGAAGUGAUGGGGGCGAGCAGUUGCUGCUCUCUGACCCUCUGAUUCCCCUCACCCCUCCUCUGGUGGUCCAGGACACCUCAUCUCAGUCAAUGGGCCCUGUAUUGAUUUUGUGCCUGAGUUGUCAGAGGGCAGGCCAACAGUGUCAAACAGCAGUCAGGCUGCCAUGAACCCAUACGGCAGAGCAAGCAGCACAGCGGCCCCCCUGUCCUGCACCAGCUGUGGGGGCUGUUGCUCACCCCCUCCUCCUUGCCUCAUUCCCCCUGGGCCCCCUUCCUCUACUACCUCUUCCUCUUCCAUGCCCCCGAAUAUGACCCCUCCGCCACCAAUGUUUCCUGCCCCAGUCGUGCAGGUGGAGAAUGGUAGCAGCUGGAACUCCUCCACCAUCUCCUCCUCCGGCUCCCCAGACUCCCACCCCGUUCACCGAGGUGGGUCAAACAAUCCUUACUGGACGGCAGUGUUUGACUAUGAGGCCACAGCUGAUGAGGAGUUAACUCUGCGGCGUGGGGACCUUCUUGAGGGUCUCUCCAAGGACUCCAAGGUGUCUGGGGAUGAGGGCUGGUGGACAGGUAAAAUCCAGGACAAGGUGGGUAUCUUUCCAAGCAACUAUGUCACAAGGGGAGACACCCCCAAUUACCAGCAGCUGACUUCAGGAGGACUGGUGGCAGGUGGGGUGGGUGAAUGUCCGUUGGAGAUUGACUUUUCAGAACUGCUCCUGGAGGAGGUGAUCGGAGCUGGUGGGUUUGGGAAAGUGUACAAAGGAGUGUGGCGGGGAGAAGAAGUAGCCGUUAAGGCUGCCAGGCAGGACCCAGAUGAAGAUAUCAGCGUCACAGCAGAGAGCGUGCGGCAGGAAGCCAGGCUGUUCUGGAUGCUCAGGCACCCCAACAUUAUUGCUCUCCGUGGAGUGUGCCUGAAGGAGCCCAACCUAUGCUUGGUGAUGGAGUAUGCCCGUGGGGGGGCUCUGAACCGGGCCUUGGCUGGAAAGAAGGUCCCCCCGAGAGUUUUGGUGAACUGGGCGGUCCAGAUUGCAACGGGGAUGGACUAUCUGCACAACCAGGCAUUCGUACCCAUCAUCCACAGAGACCUAAAGUCGAGCAAUAUCCUCAUUCUGCAGCCGGUGGAGCGGGACGACCUGAGCGGCAAAACCCUGAAGAUCACUGAUUUCGGUCUGGCUAGAGAGUGGCACCAGACCACCAAGAUGAGUGCAGCAGGGACCUAUGCUUGGAUGGCCCCGGAGGUCAUCAAGCACUCCCUCUUUUCCAAGAGCAGCGACGUGUGGAGUUUUGGUGUGUUGCUCUGGGAGCUGCUGACCGGCGAGGUUCCUUACCGGGAGAUAGAUGCACUGGCGGUAGCUUAUGGAGUCGCCAUGAAUAAGCUGACACUUCCUGUCCCUUCAACCUGCCCUGAACCUUUUGCUCAACUACUGGGAGAGUGCUGGAGCCCAAACCCUCACAGCAGGCCGUCGUUCACCAGUAUCUUGAGGCGACUGCUGGCCAUUGAGCAGUCGGCCAUGUUUCAGAUGCCUCUGGAGUCCUUUCACUCCUUACAAGAAGACUGGAGGCUGGAGAUCCAGCAGAUGUUUGACGAGCUCAGGGCCAAAGAGAAGGAGCUGAGAUCAUGGGAGGAGGCGCUGGCCCGGGCAGCCGAGGAGCAGAGGGAGCAGGAGGAGCAGCUGAGGAAGAGGGAGCAGGAGCUGGCCGAGAGGGAGAUCGACAUCGUUGAACGAGAGCUGAACAUCAUCAUCCACCAGAUGUACCAGGAGAAGCCCAGCGUCAAGAAAAGGAAGGGCCACUUCAAGAAGAGCCGAUUACUGAAGCUGGGCAGAGACAGCAACUGUAUCAGUCUGCCCUCUGGCUUCGAGCAUAAGAUCACGGUGCAGGCAUCGCCCAGCGUGGACAAGAGGAAAACCCAGGGGAGCGAGAGCACCACACCCCCUGCCAGCCCCGGGGUCAUACCCCGACUGAGAGCCAUCAGAUUGACACCGAGCGAUGGCAGUAAGACGUGGGGCCGCAGUGCUGUGUGUAAGAAGGAAGACCUGACGACCACUAAGAAGAAAGGACGCACCUGGGGCCCGAGCUCCACCCAUCAGAGAGAGAGAGUCGGCGGGGAGGAAAAGCUGAAGUCACUGGGUGAGGGAUCCAAAGUUUGGUCAUCCAGUGCGCCAAAUCUGGGCAAGUCCCCCAAACAUGCCCCCAUGACCGCUGGUUUCUCCAGCCUGAAUGAAAUGGAGGAGUGCAGUGAAUUUGAGGAAUCACCAGGUUCCUUACUGCCCUCGGAGUCCAGCAGUAAUGGGGCCAUAGAGGACUCAGGGUCCCUGUGGAGCAGCCUGGGGCCCAACAUGGCGUCUGCUGUUGGGAAUAUGAGCUCCUGUCAGGCGGCUGGAGGCCUGGGGACGGGUGUGAGCUACCAGGACUCGAUUCGACGCUGCAGUCAGAGGAAGAAGAGUGAUAUGUUGCUGCUGGGUUGCGCCUCUCUACUUGCCUCUGUGGGUCUGGGACAGGACCUGCUCCAGCUGGGAAAGCAGCAGGUGCUUCAGGAUGAGCAGGACCACCGAGAGGAGCGUAAGAAGAAGGAAGGUCUCUUCCAGCGGACGGGACGCUUCCGUCGCAGCACCUCUCCACCCAGCCGAAACCUUUCCCUGUCUCUCUCCAGACACCACGACUCCACGCUUCCCUGCUUGGACCCUUCUCCCUCUGUAACACUCCUCUCUUUGUCCUCUCUGUCGGACUGCAACUCCACUAAAUCCCUUCUCCCCUCUGACCCAGACGAUUACCCCCUGACCCUGACGGCCGGGGUCAGAACACCAGCGGCGACUCCGGCUCCUGCCCUCAACCCACUCUUGGACCUGCGGGCCGAGAGCUUCAAGAAGGAGCCCAACCAGUCGCUCACGCCCACCCACGUGUCUGCAACCAUGGCCAUGAACCGAGGACACAGACGCACCCCUUCCGACGGGGCGAUACGACCCAGAGCCCAAACUCUGGGACACCACAGGACACCGUCAGAUGGGAGCAUGCCCAUGCCUCCUCCACCACACAUUACAACAAACAAAGGUAUGCAGGACACAUUGGAUAUCCCCCGACUACCUGACCCCUCCGCUCUCUAUCCUCAUCGUCGUAAAGCUCCCGCUCCACCGAUCCCUGACCCAGAUCCUCACAGCCUCAUCAACCCCCUGGAGAGGCCCAAGACGCUGGAGUUUGCACCCCGGCCGAGGCCAACGCCGUCCCGGAUGCGAGCUGACCCCUGGAAGCUGGGCUCUCUUUCCCGGACCCUGAGCUCAUCGCCGGGCAGCAGCUGCGACAGUCCCCUCGGUUCAGGGGACAGCAGCGCCAGUGCGGCACGACCCAACCUGAUGGACAUGGACAUGGAGGGCCAGAAUCUGGACCACACUGUUCCCCUGUGUGGGCAGCUGCAGCCUGCCACUCUGUGUGGACAACAGUACUCAUAAAAAUCAAAGAAAUGAACAUUUGAAGUUUUUUUUUGUUUUUUUUUGCAUUUAAACCUGUUCCAGGACAUUACAGCUUGGGCCGAAUGGAAUGCCUACUGAUGUCUGAGCCGAGCAAAGUGCACUCACUCAAGUUUGCAAAAACAUCCCAGUUCUUGUCACGUGUUUUAAAACACUUAUUGCAAACCAUCUCUCUUGUGUGCCCUAAUAAGGUGUUAAACCCUCACAGAAAGCUAUUCCCCAAUAGUGCUCACUAACCUGCACGACACUGAGGGUCCAAGAGGCCUUUUAACAGCCUUGUAGUGUGCCCAUUCCCACUUUACCCAGCUUUUCCUGCUCGGAAGCCAUCUCUACCUGCUUCUUAGUGCCCCGUGGCCUGGUUACAUUUUCUCAAAAGCCAUUUGAGUACUUAAAAAGCCACUCUUUGACUUCACUAACUGGUCAUUUCAAUCCAUCUGCUUGUACUUUUGUCUGUCUGUGUAGCUUCCCAGUUUCUGCUUGCAUCUUUUCCCCUGAAGGUGGAGCAUUUCCAUAAUUUAAAAAAAAAAAUGAGGAGCUAAUCUUGUGAAAAUCUUGUGUCCUUGUUCUUAUUUUGCACACUGUUUGUUAUGCCAGUGCACAAACAUGCCCUAUAAGCUCUCCAUCAGCUUUGCCUUUUUCAUCCUCACACGUGUCAUCCACCGUCCUCUUCCCUCCGAGACUGAGACAAGAAAAGCCUUUUUCUCACAGCACUGGUGGACUUGGUAUAUCCUCAGCCUUGUAAAAGUAAAAUCAGAGUUUAUUUUCUCAGUGCUUGCACCAUCCCUGCUGCAGCCUGUUAGCAAUUUUUUCUUUCUGUAGGCUCAGCAGCCCCAGUGUGUGUGUGUGUGUGUGUGUCUUUGUGUGAAUGUGUAUAUAUUACUGUAAAUGUGUGGAUUAACAAGAUGGCUUUUUCAGUGCAUGUCAUUUUAUGCGUGAAUGGUUUAAAAUAAGACCACUAGUUGCCACACAUCUGUUCAUCUCUUAGGUACUUCUUUUUGAUGGUAACAUUCCUCACUGGCUGUCUGGUUGCGUCCUGUUCCCGCCACCGAAAUGGACACAAAGUAGAAAACACUGAGAGAAACCCGACACUUGAUUUCUUGAUUUAUGUUCUCUCCUUUGACCUGCUGUGUUCAACAUCAUCUGCACUUUAUGUUGUGCAACUUGUGGACCAACUCGGCACAAAGUGCUCCAGUCACUGCUGACAAAUCAACUUUUUAUCUCCGGAGUAAUUUUUGAACAGAGGGACGGUUCAUCCUGGCUGCAGAUGUUAUUUACUUGACUGUGCAGAUUUCUUUACAUGAGUGUGUGCGCGCAGGUGUAUGUGUGUGUGUGUGUGUGUGUGUGUAUGUGUUAUUAUUUGUACGGGAAGAUGACAAUCCCAUUGGUUGAAGGGUGAGCCCAAACUCAUUCUCGUUGUGUGGUUAAGAACACUGAGUAUUUAUUAAAAUAUUAUUAUUAUGGAAAAGGGUUAAUUAUGAUUGCAAUGCUCUUCCUGGGAUAUCUGUAUAUAUUUGUUAAUAUAAAAUGAAAAACCAAGGAAAACCUGGGAAACGUGGGAAACUGGAACAUCUUCAGUCUUCAGUCUCAACCUGUGACAUUUCUGGGUUCAAUGAAGAAUAAAUGUGAAAUGAAUGAGAGACCAUAAAAUAAAAACAAAGAAAGAUG